AUGGUUGCAAGACAGUCUCUGCGGGAAACAUUCAACACUAUCAACUGCGUUGGCUGGGCUGUGUGCUACGCAUGUCAAGACACCGUCUACCGAAACGAGUGUUGUUCUCCGUCCCAACUUCCGAAUGGCGCAAGUCACGAGAUAGACACUGCCUGGAGACAUUGCAAGAGAGGGCGUAUGGUCGAUGUCAGUAGCGUUCAUAUUGUUGGUUUCUUUUCAGAUUGUUUGAUUGAGCACUUGCAGGUGUCCGUGGUUCGAAUCCGACCUCCGCCACUCGACUUCCCCUGUCUAGGCUUGGGCAACCUGGCAGUAUCCCAGCCCUCGUGCUUCCUUCGGGUGGCAUGGCAGCUAGGCACCGGAAGGGUGCUACAGCUGAACACAAUACUUCACCUCAAGAAAGGAGAAGCCUUAUGCACUCAAACAGUGGUAUCCAGUGUGCAAAUUAGAAAUCGUUACGGGGUUUGUAUAACAUAUUGGAAACCUGAAAAUAUUGCAGGAAUGCUGGGGCAACCUGGCAGUAUCCCAGACCUUGUGCUUCCUUCGGGUGGCAUGGCAGCUAGGCACCGGAAGGGUGCUACAGCUGAACGCUUACAUCGGCAUUUGCCGAGAGUGAAGUGUAUGGCUAAUAAUGCUUACUAA